AUGCGGGCAGCGCUUGCCGUACACGCCGUGGCCUGGGUGCUGCUGGCACUGGCGACAGUGCCUUGCCUGAUCACUGCCCAACGCACCGUGCGUAUAGGCUUUGUCGCCACUCGCUCAUACUUUGGACACCACAAUGCUGGUGGAUUUCAGACGGAGUUUGCCUAUCGUGCCGCGCUCGACUAUUUUUCCACCGUCGACCCCAGCGUGCAAUUUGAGACGAUCUAUCAAGAGUCAAGCACAACUGUCAACAAGAGCGCAGCCAUCCGUUGCACCGAAACAGCCCAGGCCCUGGUGGCCAACGACGUUCACCUGGUGAUAGGUCCUUCAACUUCCUCCUGCAGCAUGCCGGGCGCCACCGUGUUUGCUGAAGCCGGCAUUGCUCAGAUCUCCGAUUCGGCCACUGCCGAGGCCUUUGACAAUACGACCCGCUUUCCAACCUUUUUCCGAGUCUCUCCAUCUGUCACGGACGAUACAUGGGCGCUCGGCCUCAGCAGAACGGUCAUCGCCACGCUCCGCGAGCACAACGUGACCGUGAGCAAUGUGAUACACGUGGCAUCGGGUGUAUCUAGCGAUAUCAUGUACGCUGCUAUCGAGCAGUUGCGUGCGGGCGAAACCAGUGUAAACUACAUUCUGGCCCUUCGCGACGAUGCCGUUCGAAUCAUGGAAAGUGCCGUGGCCCUGGACAUGGUGGGAAAUGGCUGGACCUGGCUCGGUCACGCUUCGCGGAUGUUCGACGCAGUUCUUGCUGCACACUAUGCAGUCAAGACGGCCCCAAAUUGGGACACGCUCAAUUCCACCAGCAAGCGCGCCGUCAUCCUCGCCGCCCUCAAUGAGCUCAACAAUGAGGCCAAUGGCCUGGACGGCGCGUCUCGCGACCGAGUUUACUUUGAUGAAAGCCACGCUGGCUCUCCUGUCUACAGCGUAGUCAAUCUGCUGGACGGCACCUUCAAAACGAUUGGCACUGCCGACAAUGGCACACUCUUGGUGGUCUUGCUGUUUUACUACAUCCGAUCUCGCAACUCCAAGCCUUACGACUUUCAGACGGAACUGACGCGGUUUGCUCGACUAGGCGAUAUAAGUAACAUGGAGCUGGUCAAGCUGCUCAAGCUAAUUGGCAUCGUCUCACUGGGACAGCCUUUGAUGCUGGUGACCAAGUAUUAUGCAAAUGGCAGCCUUGAUGCCUUCUUGCGACGCCAUCAUGACACGACGGGCCUCAAGUUUUCGCUGGCGAGCAAAUUGCAUUUGGCCAAUGACGUGGCUGAUGCCAUGGUCUACCUCAGUUCGCGCAAACUUAUUCAUUGCGACAUUGCUUGCCGCAACGUGUUGGUGAGCGCAUCGGGCGACUGUGCCCUGGCCGAUUUUGGACUGAGUCGCAACAGCAAUUACUGUGCGUUGUUGCUCUCUGCGUCGCCGCGAAUGCUCUUCGAGGGUGGUGACAUCGCCGUGCGUUCAGCCGAGACCUCUCCCAACGUGUCCAGUGAGCGUUUGGCGGCUGAAAUGCGUCGUAGCCAUAGCCCCAUGGUGCGCGGUCGCAGCACAGCUGCUAGUGAAGGUGCCGAGCGAAGUGGCCAUUGGGACAGCAAGCGCCGGUCAGAACACUCUCGGGGACACCGAUUCAGCGCGCACGUCAUGACGAUUGACCGCAGCUCUUCGAGCCAACGCAUUGUAUUGCCGAGCCCGUCGCGUUCACAAUUCUCCGGCUCGAUGAAAGGCAGCAGUACACCGCCCGGGUCGCCUCGUUCGCCUCGUUCUCAUUCGGACACUAUUCAAGCAUCACACCCAUUGCGGAGCCAAACGCCGCUGCGGACGGCCGUAUCGAGUGGCGCAGUGCCCAUGAACUCGUCCGUAUCGGGGAUUAGCGAUCUUUCGGGCCCAGAUGGGCAUUUUAUGUCUCACACCGUCUCGAACGUACACAAUCAUGUGCGGGCCUCGCCACUCCUGGCCCCGACGCGACAGCAGGUGGAUGAAGUUUCCUUGAUGCCCACUCGGCAGGCUCCAGUGGUGGAUAAAGUGACAGAGGAAGAGUCAAGCAGUCCUUCGUUAACAAACUCCACGACCCGUGCGCUGACACCUACUACCGAGCAUUCUCCUGUUGUGGAGCGUGCUUUUCAGCAGCGGGCAUCAGUGCUCUCGCGCCGCGCCAGCCUGCAAACGCCUCGCAACUCGGUGUCGGAGAGCGGCGACUGCUCGGAGCAAGGCUCGCCAGUACCCACGCGAGUCGGAAUCACGCCCUUGACGGACGGCUGUGGCCUUGCCAACGGCCUGGACACUUUUGAAGAUCCCUUUCAUUCCACGCCCUCAUCACCUCAUGACGCCUCUGUCUUGGAACCGAGUCCGCGUCCCCGGCGCACGACCAAACCCAGCGGUCUUGGUAUCCAGGUGUCACGCGCCCCAGCGGGCACGCCGACUCCUUCUGGCCCGCCCACGCCCGGCACGGCAUACACUGCGCUGGAAUCGCCCGCCUCGCCGCGCACCUUCAACUCGACAUUUCUCUGA